AUGAAUGCCAUGGCCUACUUCAAAGAGUUUGCUCUCUCUGAGUUUGAUGCAAAGAAGUUCCAGAAUGCCAUGCAGAUCGUGGGGUUCAUGGAGGACGAGGUGCAGUCGGUGCUGGAGCUGGUGGCGGCCGGGCUGAAGCUGGGAAACAUUGAGUUCAAACCGCUCAUUCUGCCGUGCAGCUCUCUAGUUACGAGCCUCUCUUUUAGAGCCGACCUGAAGGAGAUGUGUGAGCUGCUGGGGAUCGAGCAGUCGGUGCUGGAGCGCGCCUUCAGCUACCGCAACGUGGAGGCUAAGCUGGAGAAGGUCUCCACCACCCUCAAAGUGUCCCAGGCCUACUACGCCCGCGACGCGCUCGCCAAGAACCUGUACAGCCGCCUGUUCAGCUGGCUGGUCACCCGGAUCAACGAGAGCAUUAAGGCCCAAUCCAAAACCCGCCACAAGGUGAUGGGCGUUCUCGACAUCUACGGCUUCGAGAUAUUCGAGGACAACAGCUUUGAGCAGUUCAUCAUCAACUACUGCAACGAGAAGCUGCAGCAGAUCUUCAUCGAGCUGACCCUGCGCGAGGAGCAGGAGGAGUACAUCCGCGAGGACAUCGAGUGGACCAACAUCGAGUACUUCAACAACGCCGUCAUCUGCGACCUCAUUGAAAAUAACCAGAACGGCAUCCUGGCCAUGCUGGACGAGGAGUGCCUGCGCCCCGGGACCGUCACGGACAUCACCUUCCUGGACAAGCUGAACACGGUGUGCGCAGAGCACCAGCACUUUGAAAGCCGCCUCAGCAAGAACUCCAAGUUCCUGACGGACCACAGUCUGCCCCACAGCUGCUUCCGUAUCCAGCACUACGCCGGCAAGGUUCUGUACCGCGUGGAGGGCUUCAUGGACAAGAACAACGACCUGCUGUACCGCGAUCUGUCCCAGGCCAUGUACAAGGCAAACCACAAACUCAUCAAGCAGCUCUUCCAGGGCAACCCCGCCAAGGUCAACCUGAAGAGGCCCCCCACCGCCGGCUUCCAGUUCAAGCACUCGGUGGGCACCCUGAUGAGGAACCUGCAGACCAAGAACCCCAACUACAUCAGGUGCGUGAAGCCCAAUGACAAGAAGGCGCCCCGUAUCUUCACGGACUCCCUGGUGCGCCACCAGGUGGCCUACCUGGGCCUGAUGGAGAACGUGCGCGUGAGGCGGGCCGGCUACGCCUACCGCCAGGCCUACGAGCCCUGCCUGGAGCGCUACAAGAUGCUCUGCAAGCAGACCUGGCCCCACUGGAAGGGCCCCACAAGGGAGGGUGUGGAGGUGCUCAUGGCAGAUCUCCAGGUCUCAACGGAAGAAUUUGCCUACGGCAACUCAAAGAUAUUCAUCAGGAACCCCAGAACGCUCUUCUCCCUGGAGGAGAAGCGCCGCGGCUGCCUGGAGAACCUGGCCGCCCUCAUCCAGAAGAUCUACCGCGGCUGGAAGUGCCGCACACACUUCCUGCUCCUCAAGCGCAGCCAGGUGGUGGUGGCCGCGUGGUACCGCCGAUACGCGCAACAGAAGAAGUACACACAGAUCAAGAGCGCCACCAUCAUGGUGCAGUCGUACUCCAGGGGAUGGAAGAUCCUGCGGGAGCUGAAGCACCAGAAGCGGUGCGAGGAGGCGGCCACGACCAUCGCCGCCUACUGGCACGGCACCCAGGCUCGCGUGGAGCUGAGACGGCUGAAGUAUGUCGCGGCGAGUACGCGGGCUGUGGCGCUCAUUUGGGCGUACUGGCAGGGCACCAAGGCCCGACGAGAGCUGCGUCGGCUGAAGGAGGAGGCCAGGAAUAAGCACGCCGUGUCGGUCAUUUGGGCCGGCUGGCAGGGCACCAAGGCGCGUAGGGAGCUGAAGAGGCUAAAGAAGGAAGCGAGGCGUAGGCACGCCGUGGCCGUCAUCUGGGCCUACUGGCUGGGACUCAAGGUCCGUCGGGAGUACAGGAAGUUCUUCAGAGCCAACGCGGGCAGAAAGAUUUACAGCUUCAUCAUGCAGAGACUCAUGCAGAAGUACUUCCUGGGCCUGAAGCGAGACCUGCCCUCCAUGUCCCCCAUCGGCGGGAGCUGGCCCACCCGGCCCUACCGCUUCCUGGACACGGCUCACACGGAGCUCCGCAGCAUCUUCCACCACUGGAGGUGCAAGAAGUAUAGGAGCCGGUUCACGGACGAGAGAAAGGCGGUGUUCGAGGAGAAGCUGCAGGCCAGCGAGAUCUUCAAGGAUAAGAAGGCUCUGUACCCGAGCAGCGUGGGGCAGCCUUUCAGAGGGGACUACCUGGAGAUCAGCAAGAACCCCAAGUACCAGAAGCUGAGCAGCGCCAUGGACGAGAAGGUCCUGCUGGCCGACGUGGUCAACAAGAUAAACCGGGCCAACGGCAAGGGCACCGCUCGCAUCUUCCUGCUUACCAAGAACAACUUUGUGCUGGCGGACCAGAAGACGGGCCAGGUGAAGGCCAGCGUGCCGCUGCCCGACCUCGCCAGCAUCUCCGUCAGCACGCAGAACGACGGCUUCUUCGCGCUCAAACUCAAAGAGGGUUCUGCCGGGGCGACCAAAGGGGACUUCCUACUGAGCAGCGAGCACCUGAUUGAGAUCAUCACCAAGCUGCGUCGCACGGGCGCCACGGCCGUAAACCACGAUCACCUGGACAUAGACAUCUCAGAUGAGUUCCUGGUGCAGUUCAAGCAGGACAAGGUGUGUGUCAAAUUUGUGCAGGGAGCGCCGAAGAACGGCAAUGGCGCGUCCUGCAAGCGCAAGAACAACCGUCUGCUGGAGGUGUCUGUUCCCUCGACGGCGUAACCAUGCUGCCACACCCCCCCUCCAAUCCCCCCCCCCCGCACCCAGCCUUCCUCUCAGAGUUCCACGGAGUAGCUCUUGAGGCCGGCUAAUCAAACCAGACGACCAAGCCCUUUCCCCGAGCCCCUGUUCUCAAGCACCCCUCCACCCCCCCCCCCCCCCCCUCUCUACUCCCGACUCCCAAAUGACUGUGCAAUUAUUCAACUGAUUGUGAUUAUUGUUUUUUUAUUUGUUUCUUUCAUAGCCGUCGUCGUUAUUAUUCGGCACCUGAUCGUGUUCAUCAAGACACCGCUUUUCUGGUGAGGAGAGCCCUCUUCUGCUGGGUUGCAUGCCAAGAAAAGGUGUUAACGGGGAAAUAUUGUAUGAUCGUAGUGUUGUGUUUCGUCGAAAAGACAAACUUUACUGUCUGAUGUGGCGACGGUGGUGUGAUUCAACGAUGUAGAUGAUCACUUUUGAUUAUUUUGCCUGUAAGUUGUACCUUUCUUUAGAUGUCUCUGGGGUUGUUGACGUGCGUGUGACGAUUCGAACGAAGCGCUACAGCCCUGACUGGCUUUGGCUAAUCUGUGAUCUGACCGAGUCAAAAAUAAGAAGAAAUUAGAGAUUUACAAAGAGCUUUUCAAACUGGGAUUUAAGAUUGGUUUUCUGAUAGACUUAUUGUUUGCACUUAUAUUCUUUAUGGUUUGAAUGGGAAAAGAAAAGAGAAAUUAAGAUGAUUUGGAUAGGGUUUUGAUUGUUUUUCCAGAUAAUUUAUAUUGUCCAUUCCCCUUAAAAGCCAAUUAUUGACAAAUUUGAUUUGCCAAGCAAAAAAAAAAAACGUUUGUAUUCCUUAACUCCUAUGUGCCAUUCAAUGGAUCUGUUUUUAUCCGGUGGACAUUUCUCUAGUGCUGACCUAGAGUCCAAUAUAGGCAUUGAGUUAGUGUUUAUGUUAAUAAUGAUGCCAAAAAGUUAGAAUAGAUGAAGGGGGCAUAAUUAUAUGCUGCACGUACAUUGGUUUUCUCUUUGAUUUGCUUUACAGCACAAUGACCAAUGCCAGGAUCCAUACAGUUUUGUGCAGUUGUAAAAAUCUCAUCCAAUGCUCCCAUCUAAUUAAAUGGGAUGCUUUGUCAUGGCAGGUGCCAUCAUAGACCAGUACAACACAACUCUGUCAACAUCUGUCCCAUCCCAAAUCCAAAUCAAUGUAUAAAGUAACAAGAAUCUUGCAGGUGAAAUCACAUUUCCUAAGAUCCCAAAACAUUGUUGGGGUUCUUUUGUGGAACCACAAAAAAGACUCCCACCCAAGGGAAGAAAAGAUGACAUUCUGAAGUAUUGUGCUUACACAGUGACACAGCAUGGAAAAACAAGCCAAAACUUUGAGGAAAAAGCCAAAAAAAACACCUGAAAUCGUCAGUAGAAUUGAAUCGUGCUGUGUACAUAGUUCUGUCCCUGGCUGUACCAUAACCUGUACAUAGCUCUUUUAGCUGCAGCCAUGGCAUGGGAGGACACUCUGCACUAGAGCGUCCUAGUUUCUUAUUGCUGUGCUGGUGGAGUUGCUAUUGUUGUUGCCAUUGCAAUUGGGGGUUAUUUUUUCCAUUGUAGUGCAUGACCCACUCUUGGCUAAUGGGCCUUAUAAAUGCAAUGUGUUUCCUGGCAAACGGAAGAAACAAAAGGCAGGAUAUUGAGUGUGACUAGCCGAUGCUUAUAGCCUGGUACAAACGUGGUGUUGCUACCUAUUUUGUUUCGUACCGAUGAACAGCGAGUAAGUGCGUUUAUAGUUUUGAAGUAUAUUUAAUAUGAUGAUCUUCACGCGGACGUUUUCGGCGGAGGGUAAUGUACGGACCAUAUUUUUUUCCUAUAAGGUGCCUGCUGGGGGGCGGGGAAAGCACUACCCACCAGUGUCUAUCGGGAUACCCUCUCUUAAACGAUGAUGGUUAAAGUAUAAAUAUAUAUGUUUUUACGUGGUUUUUGUAAUGCCUCAGAAAACACAAGCUGGGAAGGAGGGGAGUGGGGAUCCUGUUGCUGGUCUUCCUUCUCGGGACAGGAUGGGUUGUAGUGGACGGCAGUCUCCAUUGUGUCUUCGCUGAGGUUGUUUCUCCUCUCGCUCUCUGGUGUGUUUACUGUAUGACGGAAGGAUGGAUAGAAAGGAUGUAUUCAUUCAUGUUGUGUGCCUAAUUACCUGCGCUGAGAUCAACAUGGACAUGUUUCAAUGGAACUCAAUGUAUCACAUUUACUAUUAAUCUUUUUUUAAAUUAAAUAAGCAAUGAUAAUUAAUAACUGACUGAGUGUUUUUUAUUACGCCUGCACAAUGUGUAAUGAGUUUAUUGUUAUGGGAUUCUGGAGCUGUUGGGUUACUCAAUGGUACUAGCAGUUAGCUGGUAGUGGGAGAGCUCUUGGACAGGGUGGCUACCA